GAAACCAAACCGUUUAGUUCAAAUUUCAAUCAUUACCGUUUUUCUCCCUGCAUAAACAACAAUUUUGCACGUGAAAAAAGAAGCAAUGGAUAGUAGCACACAUAGUACCGCGGAUUUCGGGCGUCUCGUGUGGAUUUCGGAUGAAGCAGAGGGCUUUGUGGCCGCCCGUAUCACAGAUAUCGCGGAAAACGGCUUCACAUUGGCCACUGAAAAGACGUCGGAAACUGUGAAUCGUCGCUAUGAGGACACAUGGGCCUGUGAGGAGGAUCCGCAGAAGUCGGUCGAGGACAAUUGCGCUCUAGUGCACUUGAAUGAGGCGACACUGCUCAACAAUUGUCGUUUGCGUUAUGCAAAUGGCAAAAUCUAUACCUACGUGGCAAACAUUCUGAUCUCAAUCAACCCCUACCAACUGAUCGAUGGACUCUAUUCUCCUGAAACGAUUAAAGAAUACCGUGGAAAAUCGCUCGGUCAGAUGGAGCCGCACAUUUUUGCGAUCGCCGACAAGGCCUAUCGAGAGAUGCGUCGUAUCAAGACGUCCCAAUCGAUUAUUGUGUCUGGAGAGUCUGGAGCCGGAAAGACUGAAUCACAGAAAGCAGUGUUGAAGUACCUCUGUGAAAACUGGGGAACCGACGCCGGACCAAUUCAGCAGAGACUUCUUGAAACCAACCCAAUCCUGGAAGCCUUUGGAAAUGCCAAAACUCUGCGCAACAACAAUUCGAGUCGAUUCGGAAAAUUUGUGCAGAUUCACUUUUCUGAUAAUGGAACUGUCGCCGGUGGAUUUGUGUCUCACUAUUUGCUGGAAACAUCGAGAGUCUGCCGUCAAGCUGCCGGAGAAAGAAACUACCACAUUUUCUAUCAAUUGAUUGCCGGAUCGUCACCGGAUUUGUACAAGAAGUUGAGAUUGGCUCCGGCGAGCAGUUUUAAUUACUUGAAACACGGAGCAACACUGUUCUUUGUCAACUCCAAGUCUUCUCUGAAAACCGACGCAAGCCGCUUCUCCGAGACCAACUCUUCAGUCUCUGAUUCCAUUAUCAGUGAUAUCGAUGAUUUUGCGAAGCUUGAACGAGCUCUCGCACUAUCUGGAGUUUCAGACGAUGAGAAGAUGUUCAUCUGGUCGACAGUUGCCGGGAUCCUUCAUCUUGGAAACAUCGAGUUUGAGGAGAACGCGAGUGAUUCUCGUGGUGGAUGCAUGAUUACUUCGGGCACUGAAAACUCGUUGAUGGCAGCUGCAGAGCUUUUGGGCUUGGAGCCGGAAGAGAUGAAGCUUGGACUAUGUGCUAGAAUCAUGCAAACUACGAAAGGAGGUGUCAAGGGUACCCUUAUCCGUGUCCCUUUGAAAGCUCACGAAGCGUCUGCUGGAAGAGAUGCUCUGGCUAAGGCAAUCUACUCUAAGCUCUUCGAUUGGCUCGUUGCUCAGAUUAACAAGAGUAUUCCAUUUGAGAAGAGCACAGGGUACAUUGGAGUUUUGGAUGUCGCUGGUUUCGAGUACUUUGCCGUUAACUCAUUCGAGCAGUUUUGCAUCAAUUUUUGCAACGAGAAGCUUCAGCACUUUUUCAACGAGAGAAUCUUGAAGCAGGAGCAAGAAAUGUAUGAAGCCGAGGGCUUGAACAUCCAGAAGAUUGAGUUCACAGACAAUUUGGAUUGCAUUGAGCUCUUCGAGAAGAAAGCCUCGGGGCUCUUUGACUUGCUCGAUGAGGAAGCCAAAUUGCCACGUGCCACAUUCCAACAUUUCACCCAGAGAGCUCACGAAUCGAAUAAGAACCACUUCCGAUUGGAUGCACCGCGCAAGUCGAAAGUCAAGUCGCAUCGCGAAAUGAGAGAUGACGAGGGAUUGUUGAUUCGUCAUUAUGCUGGAACGGUGUGCUAUGAGACGAGAUAUUUUGUUGAGAAGAACAAUGAUCAGUUGCACAACUCGUUGGAAAUGCUCAUUGAGCAGUCAUCCUUCCCACUCGUUGUCUCCCUGUUCACUAGUGAAGCAACCGGAGCAGUGAAGACCGGAGGACGUCUGAAGGCGGUCAGCGUCGGCGCCAAGUUCAAGUCUCAAUUGUCUUCUCUCUUGGACAAACUCAACAAUACCGGAACUCACUUUGUGCGUUGUGUGAAGCCAAACAGUCAGAUGAAAGCAUGGCACUUUGACGGCUCCGCGAUUCUCGGCCAACUCCAAUGUGCUGGAAUGGCUUCUGUGCUCCGCUUGAUGCAAGAAGGGUUCCCGAGCAGAACAUCGUUUGCAGAUCUCUACGCGAUGUAUGAGAAGAAUCUUCCGCCAAGUCUGGCUCGCCUCGAUCCCCGGCUCUUCUCCAAGUGCUUGUUCCACGCGCUUGGUCUCGACCAGAACGAUUUUCAAUUUGGAAAUACAAAGGUUUUCUUCACAGCUGGAAAGUUUGCAGAGUUUGAUCAGAUGAUGAAGCAAGACCCAGAGACAGUGAUGGAGUUGAUCUCGAAGGUUACCGAUUGGCUGGUCAAGGCUCGCUGGAGAAAGGUUCAGUACGGAGCAUGGAGUGUUAUUAAACUCAAGAACAAGAUCCUCUACCGUGCCGAAAAGAUCAAGAAGAUUCAAGCUUGGAUUCGUGGUUACUUGGUUCGCAAGCGCUUCCACAAAAGACUUGCCAUCUUCCGCAAGGCAUGUGCUCUGCUCGAGAACUCUCGUGAAAUGACUGACAUUUUGGCUCGUAUGAAUGAAUCGAGUCAGGAUAAAUGGCGUGAAGCGGCCGACUCGACGACCGGUGAGCUCGAUGAGCUUGUCAAGACAAUCAAGAAUGACGAUUUAAACACGGAAAUUGAUCGAGCUGUCAAGUGCUAUGAGGAUUGCGUUAAACGCGUCGAUUCCAUCAUUGCCGACUUGAAGUUGCAAUUGGAAAAUGACGAGCUGGCCGAGGUGGAGCGUGCUCGCAAAGAAGCCGAGGAUAAGGAACGUCGGGAGGCUGAGGAGAAGGCGGCUGCCGAGCAGGAGAAAAUUUUGCGCCGCAAAAUGGAGGAAGAACGUGAGAAGGCCCAGAAAGAGUACGAGUUGCAAUUGGAGAUGCAGAAGCAGAAGCUCGCCGCAGAAGCUGAAGAAGAGGUGAAACGUCGUAACAAGGAAGAACGUGACCGUCUUGAUGCUGCUGUCUCGUCCCGUCUUGCAUCUUCUGAUGGUGUUGCUCUUGUUGCUCAGGAAGCAUCUGCUGCUCCACCAAAACAACAGUCGAAGUAUGAUUUGGGUAACUGGAAGUAUGCCGAUCUUCGUGAUGCUAUUAAUACGAGUAAUGACAUGGAGCUCCUGGUAGCCUGCAAGGAGGAAUUCCAUCGUCGUCUUCGCAUUUACAACGAGUGGAAGUCAAAGAACUCGGCGAAUCGGGAUGUUCCACCGACACGUGCUCCAUUGACGGUUUAUAAUCAACAGAAGCCAAGCAGCUCUUCAAUGAUGGUGUCUCGGGUUCAAGCUGCUCCUCAUCUCAAUCCAGCAUUGACUCAGCAACGUUAUUUCAAAGUGUCAUUCGCUACGGAUAACAAGAAGAAAAAUGGCGGUUCUCAAUCUGGAAUGUGGUAUGCUCACUUCAAUGGUCAAUACAUUCGCAGACAACUCACAAUUCGUCCGUCGCAAAAACCGCAACUUCUCGUUGCUGGAAAAGACGACUUGCAAAUGUGCGAGCUGCCACUGGAGCAAACAGGUCUUCUCAGAAAAAAGGGUGCCGAAAUCUCGUCGAAUGAUUUCGAAACAAUGUGGUAUCAUUACGGUGGAAAACCAAUUCAAGAGUGGACUCCAUAGAAAAAAUCAAUCAAUUAUUGAUUUUUAAUACUUGCAAUUUAUUUAUUGAAUUUGAUUUUUUUGUAUUGAGGGUGACGACAUAUAAGUCAGCUUUAAUUAUGUAUGUAUGUAUGAGAAUGAUGAAUGAAAAUGUAUUGAGUUUGA